CAAUUAAAUUUGUGUGUAAUUGUUUGCUAUUUUAUUUUUGUGUCAAUAAAAUGCGCCAUAAUUAUUCGAUUGACGUACAAAGCGUUCAAAUACGUUAUGAUUGUUGCCAUUCAAAUAUCUAAAUUUUGUCAUAUUUCAAUCAAAUUUUUCGGAAUAACUAGUCCAUAAAUUUUACAUAAAUUUCAGCUAAACAAUGAAUGUACCAAUUGUAUGGAUCAUGGGUGGACAAGGCAGCGGUAAGAGCACCCUAUCACAGAGCAUUGUAGACAAGUAUGGCUAUAAGCAUUUGGAUCCCAGUGCCAUGGUAGACAGAGAGAUUAAUACCAACACUGAAAAGGGCAAAGAAUUUAGCUUGAAACGCAAUCAAGGUGAAGAGAUUCCACUGACUGACAUUAUAAAUUUGAUAGAGGGGGAGCUAAUGGGUAAUCGAGGUGGCUUUAAGGGCUUUGUCGUUGAUGGCUACCCACAAAAUCAGAGCGAUGCGGUAAUUUUGGAAGAAACUAUUGGAUCUCCUGAUUUGAUCAUCGCUCUGCAGGUUAAUCAAGAUACGGCUGCGACGCGAAGAUCGUCCAUAGGUUCCACUGUCACUUCAACUAUAAGCUUCUACAAUAAGAAUGCUGCUCCAGUGUUAGCUAAAUAUUCAAAUAAAAUAAUGCAAAUUGAUGGAGAACGCGAUGCCCAAGAGAUUUUUAAUGAUAUUGUGCCCAAUAUGGAUACCAUAACAAAGAAUCGCGGCAAUCCCAUAACAAUUCAACGUUAAAACUCAUACUACACAUUAACUUGGAGCAAAUAAUCAAAAAA